AUGCCAGAAAACAAACCGUUCCAACGACUUCCUAAAAAUGUUGUACCUGAACAUUACGAGUUACAUUUAGUUCCAAAUCUGGAGAAGUUUACAUUUACAGGCUCGACGAGGGUGAAAGUAUCGAUCGUUAGCUCUACCAAAGAAAUCGUGCUGAAUAGCUUAGAUUUGGAAUUCAAGAACGUAAAACUUCAGUACGAUGAAGGCAGCUCGGAAACCACGUUUAAUCCGGUGGAAGUCAGGCUUGAUGCAGCAGACGAGACGGCAAUCAUUGUAUUCGAAAAAGAAUUGCCCGAAGGAAGCGCGACACUGUUUUGUGACUUCAUUGGCGAAAUCAACGACAAGAUGAAAGGGCUGUACAGAAGCAAAUACUUGACUCCCAGUGGUGAAGAACGUUAUGCUGCAGUCACCCAAUUUGAAGCAACAGAUGCAAGACGAUGCUUCCCAUGUUGGGAUGAGCCCGCAAUCAAAGCCACUUUUGAUAUAACAUUAGAAGUUCCCACAGACCGUGUUGCACUGUCAAAUAUGCCAGUAAAAGAGGAAAAAUCUGUUGGUGAUAAGAAAAUUAUGCAGUUUGAUACAACACCUAUAAUGUCUACUUACUUAGUAGCGGUAGUGGUGGGAGAAUAUGAUUAUGUAGAAAAGAAAUCAAAUGAUGGUGUUCUUGUACGUGUCUAUACCCCAGUGGGAAAGAGUAAACAAGGAAUGUUUGCAUUAGAAGUUGCAGCUAAAGUUCUUCCGUACUACAAAGAAUACUUUGAUAUUGCUUAUCCAUUACCGAAGAUAGAUUUGAUUGCUAUUGCAGAUUUUUCUGCUGGUGCUAUGGAGAAUUGGGGGCUUGUGACAUAUAGGGAAACAUGUUUGUUAGUAGAUGAAGAGCAUACUUCAGCCGUUCGCAGACAGUGGAUAGCACUGGUUGUUGGUCAUGAGUUGGCUCAUCAGUGGUUUGGCAACUUGGUCACAAUGGAAUGGUGGACCCACCUGUGGUUAAAUGAAGGCUAUGCAUCGUUUGUUGAGUUUCUAUGUGUUAAUCAUUUGUUCCCCGAGUAUGAUAUUUGGACUCAGUUUGUUACAGAAACAUAUAUACGAGCCUUAGAGUUGGAUUGUCUAAAAAAUUCACAUCCCAUCGAAGUACCAGUUGGUCACCCUUCAGAAAUAGAUGAGAUAUUUGAUGACAUAUCAUAUAAUAAGGGAGCAUCUGUUAUCAGGAUGUUACAUAGAUACAUUGGUGAUGAUGAUUUCCGUAAGGGCAUGAAUAUUUAUCUUAAGCGACAUCAGUACAAAAAUACAUUUACUGAGGAUCUGUGGGCUGCACUAGAAGAGGCUUCCAAGAAACCUGUUGGUGCUGUUAUGUCAACCUGGACGAAGCAAAUGGGCUUUCCAAUGGUUCAGGUUAGCUCAGAGCAGCGUGGUCCACAUCGGGUACUAAAACUAACGCAGCAAAAGUUCUGUGCCGACGGAAGCCAAGGUGAUGAUACGACAUGGAUGAUACCUAUCACCAUCUCGACACAGGAACAACCUUCAAAGGUUGCCUUAUCCACGGUGCUAGAUAAGAAGAGUCAAGAGGUGGUCUUGGAAAAUGUAGCUGAAGAUACUUGGGUCAAACUUAACCCUGGAACGGUUGGCUACUACCGUACGCGAUAUGAGUCUGCGCUGCUCGAGCGUCUGGUGGGCGCUGUUCGGGAUGGAUCUUUGCCUCCCUUGGACCGUCUCGGGCUGCUCGACGACUGUUUCGCUUUUGUUCAGGCGGGACAUGCUCACACUAAUGAGUCGUUGAAAUUAAUGGAGGCCUUCGGCAACGAGAACAACUUCACCGUGUGGUCUUCCGUCGCUAACUGUCUAUCGAAGCUGAGUGUCCUAUUCUCUCACACUGCCCUCGAUAAGCCGCUUAAGAACUACGGCCGGAAGCUAUUUGCUAAUGUGACCAAACGCUUGGGCUGGGACGCCGAAGAAAAGGAGAGUCACUUGGACACACUGCUAAGGAGUUUAGUCCUCAAUAGAAUGAUCAGCUUCGAAGAUCCGGACACUAUUAAAGAGGCUAAAAGCCGAUUCGAGAAACAUCUGUCUGGCGCGUGCCAGUUGCCCGCUGACUUGCGGUCGGCGUGUUACCGCGCUGUGCUGGCAGAAGCCGAUGAACCCACCUUCGAGAGGUUCCUCCAGUUAUAUCGUGCGGCUGAUUUACACGAGGAGAAGGACCGCAUCAGCCGUGCCCUCGGCGCUGUCAAGGACCCCGCUUUGCUCAACAAAGUGCUAAACUUCGCUAUUUCUGAUGAAGUCCGUUCCCAAGACACGGUGUUUGUCAUCGUGUCGGUGGCAGUCAGUCGCAAUGGACGAGACCUCGCCUGGCAGUUCUUUAAGGACCACUGGCAGGAGUUCAUGGACAGAUAUCAAGGCGGCUUCUUGCUUGCACGCCUUGUGAAAUCCACAACGGAAAACUUUGCUUCGGAGGCAAGCGCGCGUGAAAUUGAAGAGUUUUUCGCGACGCAUCGUUCGCCGGGCACUGAACGGAGCGUGCAGCAAGCGCUGGAGACUGUCCCCAUACCACUGACCGAUUUAUGUAUACAAGACUGA